AUGCACCCGUUUAUCGUCACCACGUCGCUCGACAAGCCAGACCGGCAGACCCGGAAGUUGAUCCGCAGCCAUGUCAUGCGUGGGAAGAACACACGUAAGAUCAAACACGCCACAGAGGCCAAGUCGAGCGCGGCGGCAGCAGUUCCGCCAUCUGAACAAUGGUCUUCUGCAGAUGGGAAGGAAUGGGUGCUUACAACACCUCGGAAGGUGGCAUCGGAACUGUCUCUUUUCAACUAUAUGACCGAAAUGAAGCCUUACAUGCUUAAUCUCCUUUUUCAGGGUAACUAUCGAGCCCACUCGUUACUUUUGGGAACGACCGGAUUACUGACGUCCCUAGCGUUGACCGCCAUCAAACCAGCAAUGCACGCUUUAGACACCGUCACAGACCAAAGCCAACCAGACAGAAUGUUUUGUUUCGCAGAUAUUUCCCAGAAUCCUGCUAUGGUUCAUUCCAUCAUCUUCAGUGCACAGGCGUUUCAUGACAUGUCGCUGGGGGUCUCAUACGGACCACUGGCACGAUUCCAUCUAGCAAAGACUCUCCAGUAUCUCCAGCAAAGUCUGCAGGACAAGGCAGAGGCCACAAAAAGUUCCACCAUGACUGUUGUCGGGAUUCUGUCAUUGGCAGGCAUUAUGGCAGGGGACCUCGAAUCAGCUGCUAAACAUAUGGACGGGCUACAAAGAAUAGUCGAACUGCGCGGGGGCUGGGACUCACUCAUCGAUCGAGAGACAAUAGAACACAAAGCUAAAACGAUAGAUAUUUAUCUCGCCGCUGGCACUGGUAGCAACCUGCGCUUCGUCGAAAAUAUCUCCUGGGGACCGCGUAUCGCUCAUGGUAGACUGACUACCAUUUUUCCAGAGCUGAAAAUGGUUUAUCCAUGGCCUGAUCUUAAGCUCCUGAACAUUUGGGCCGAUAUACGGGAAUUUUCCACACUCGCCAACAAAGCCUUGACCACCGGAAUCAAACUGGUAGUCACAUCUUACUUACAGUUCAGCAGGUCGGCACCAUACCGACUGCUUUCUUUGCAAUGCGCCCACCCUCUUCACGAACUAUUGAGGCUAUCCAUGCUUGCAUUUCUGAAGCCUCUCCUGAUCAAGACCCCUGGAGUUGGCAAAAAGAUGUCUUACCUUGCAGAGAAGCUCAAAACCAUUUUACUCGAGCAGUUGUUCCCGCCGUCGGUCGAAAAGGCCAGUCUUAUUCUUUGGGCCCUGUUUAUAACGUGGUUAUCAAUAUUUGAAGAACAGGAUCAGGAAUGGUUGCGAGCGCUGGUGGUACAAACUAUGCGCACACUUGGUCUGACAACAUGGGCGGAUACUAGGGCUGUUCUCAAGAGCUUUUUGUGGAUUGACUUGGUGCUUGAUCAAGCCGGUGAGAGGUUCGUUAUUGGGAUAUGGGUUCCGCUUUGGGGUCACAUGAAACGCAAAACAUCCGAAGAAAAGGAACAUUUGCAUCAGAUAAGGCAGACAGGCACAGAUACGGAUCCAAAAUCAGGUGCGACCUGGCAAGCGGCCUUGCUCCUUGGAUCCGCUAUGGUUGCUCGCGGUGAAAUCGGCCUGCUUAUCAAUGAGAUAGGCUACAAUGAUUCAGGUUACGUCAGCAAGGAGGGCUUCAUCACCGGGGUGUGGGCAAUACUACUCAAUACGAUAAUUGGGCCUGUCAUGGAAGAACCCGUAGCUAAGGGAACCGAGUACUUGACUAGGAACGCAAAAAGGAUGCAUAGCGAGACCAUGACGGGGGAGAUCAUCUACGAUAAUGUCUCUCAAUUGUUGAUACUAGAGCUAACACAAAAUAGUGAGCUUGUUGAAUUGCAGCCGUGGGAUAGGACCUGGAACUCUUUCAUUGGGGCUCCGAUACAGACAGAAAACGCAUACCCAAAUGAUCUUGACACUACGUCUAUCGCUUUGACCACUCUGCCGGUGAACAAGAAGCUUGUUGGACUUCUGGGGGCUGUCCGAGACAAGGGUACGCAAAAGAGACCUUGGAAGCCUCUUAGAGUGCAAAUCUUCGACAGGAUUGGGAAAGAGGGCGAUGCCGUAUCUCUUGCAAUGAGAGUUCUUGCCAGUAAGGCGGUCGAUGUUGCCAACCCCAUUGAUCUGGAGACUUUGCGAUCAAGCCAGUGUAUCGACGGGAGUUGGCCAGUUGGUUGGAUUUAUAAGUUUGGGUCGUCAGGUUUGCAAAUUGGGAAUAGAGGGUUGACUACUGCUUUUGCAAUUAAAGCAAUCGAACCUCCUGAUGCUUCUCAAAUGUAUGGGGUUGCGCAGGAACCUGAAAUCGCUGCGCCCCUGAAGUCUCCAGGUCCUUCGUUGCAGGCGUAUGAUCGAGGAUAUACUGUUAUGUUGUUGACGCUUUACAAUCAGAAUGCUCUGGGGCAACCCAAGUUUCGAUCAUUUAUCUGGGAUACAGAUUCCCAUCUUAAAACACCCGAGGAGCGAUGGCUACUGCGAAAGCUGGAUAUUGCACUACUGACUACCGGCUGUUUAGGAUUUUUUACAACAUGCUACACGGUCGCCUAUGCGAUCAUGCAAAUCCCCUCGACACUGAUCAUUCAGAAAGUGCGGCCACGGUACUGGCUUGCCGCGAUAGAAAUUGGCUGGGGCGUCUUCACCAUAGCACAAGCCGGUAUGCACAACAUUGGGGAGUUAUAUGCGUUCCGAUUCCUUGUCGGUUUGUUCGAGAGUUCGUUCUUUCCUUGCAUGCUCUUCGUGUUGGGGUCAUGGUACACCAAGACUGAGCUGGCGAAGCGCAUCGCUAUUCUCCACAUGACGGCUCCGUUAGGCGCCGCAUUCAGUGGCUAUCUGGUGAGUCUCACCUAUGCUAGCUCUGAUGACUCCUCUUCUAACAAGUCUGAAAACCACAGCAAGCAGCCGUUUUCAAGAAUCUUAAUGUGCAUGACCAUCCCUGUUGGUGCGAUCGCACUCCUCUGUUUUCCAGAUGUUCCGCAUAACACGAAAGCCUGGUAUCUCACCAGCCAGGAGGUCCAAAUGUGUAUCGAUCGUGUUGCGAGAUCCGGGAAGGCACCUCCAGCUAAGUUGUCAUGGGCUACUUUCCUGCGAGUUGCGAAGAAAUGGCGUUUGUAUGCCUUCACACUGGGUUACGUGUUGUAUGGAUCGUCCUGCGCAGCAAGCAGUUACUUUGCCAUUUGGCUUAAAUCCGAGAACUUCUCGUGGGGAUUUCUGGCGGAUUUUACCGGAAACAGAUUUGCGCUGGUGAUUUUACCUUUGAAGACCUACGGCCUGAUUCCAAACGGCAUCCUGGCUGUGUGGCCAGCUAGUAUAAAAUUGAAGGAGUUUGCUUUCCUGACAGAUGGUGUCCAGCUCAUGACAGCCAUAUUUUACACUUGGGCCAACGAAGUCUGCGCCGAUGAUAACGAAGAAAGAGCACUUGUAGUCAGCAGCAUGAAUGGAUUCCAGUUGCUGCAUGGCUGCCAAUUGUUUUUGAUUCCGCAAACCGAGGCGCCAUCAUUCCGCAAGGGCUUUCCUGCGACAUUUGCGUUUGUUAUCGCUGCCCUUAUUUUGAUUGUAGUCAUACAACUUCUGGCAGUCCGGGAACGACGACUAAACGCUUCAAAGCAAAGAGAAGAUAAUUCGGUCGGAGAGUAUGAAGUUUGGUCUCAGCAAGAGGGAUCAGAUGAUGAAGAGAACAAUAAGGUCGCAAAGACGACCAUAUCGGCGCAAAAGGAUGCUUGA